GCUACCAGUACUCCUGCUGCUCCUCUCCCAGCGUCUGCAUCUACUCAGAAAGGACUCAAGAACAAAGCAUGCCGCCCUCUGUAGGAAACGACAUGACCAGCGUCACAGAAGCAACCAUCAAGCGCCCAACCACCACCAGCAACCCGUACGGCAGCAAGGCCUCCGACUUCCUCUCCAACGUCGGCAACUUCAAGAUUAUCGAAUCCACCUUGCGAGAGGGAGAGCAAUUCGCCAAUGCCUUCUUUGAUACGGCCAAGAAGAUUGAAAUUGCCAAGGCGCUGGAUGAUUUCGGUGUGGACUACAUCGAAGUCACCUCCCCCGCAGCCUCGGAACAGUCCAGGCUUGAUCUCAUGGCCAUUUGCAAGCUAGGCCUCAAGGCCAAGGUCCUCACCCAUAUCCGUUGCAACAUGGACGAUGCUCGUCUUGCCGUGACGACCGGUGUCGAUGGCGUGGAUGUCGUGAUUGGUACUUCCUCCUUCUUGCGCGAGUUCUCCCAUGGCAAGGAUAUGACUUAUAUCACAAAGGCCGCCAAGGAAGUUAUUGAAUUCGUCAAGUCACACAACAUUGAAAUCCGAUUCUCCUCAGAAGACUCCUUCCGCUCUGACUUGGUGGAUUUGCUGAGCAUUUACCAGGCAGUCGACAAGAUUGGUGUCAAUCGAGUCGGUGUUGCUGAUACCGUUGGUUGCGCCAACCCAAGACAAGUGUACGACUUGCUCCGUACGCUGCGUGGUGUUGUUUCUUGUGAUAUCGAAACACACUUCCACGACGAUACCGGGUGUGCGAUUGCCAAUGCCUACUGUGCCCUUGAAGCAGGUGCUACACACGUCGAUACCUCUGUUCUUGGUAUUGGCGAGCGGAAUGGUAUCACGCCGCUUGGUGGCUUUUUGGCACGUAUGUACGUUGCUGACAAGGAGUAUGUGAUGGGCAAGUACAAGCUCAACAAGUUGCGUGAACUUGAAAACCUCGUUGCCGAAGCAGUCGAUAUCAAUAUCCCCUUCAACAACCCAGUCACCGGUUACUGCGCAUUCACACACAAAGCCGGUAUUCACGCCAAGGCCAUCCUGGCAAAUCCCUCAACGUAUGAGAUUCUCAACCCAACUGAUUUCGGUAUGACGCGUUACGUGCAUAUUGGAUCAAGAUUGACUGGUUGGAAUGCCGUCAAGUCACGCGCUGAACAGCUCAACCUCGAUUUGACGGUUGAGCAAGUCAAGGUGCUGACGAUGCACAUUAAGAAGAUGGCGGAUGUCAAGACACUUGCAGCGGAUGAUGUCGAUGUCUUGCUGCGUGAAUUCCACUCUGCUAUUGAUAGGAUCGAUGGCGAAGCACUCAGGGAACAUCUUGAACAGGCUGCCGUCGAGGCUGGUAUGCAGAUUGGUGUGACCAAGCAGGCGAUUGAGGCUGCGCAAGAGGCACCGGCUACAAAGAAGGCCAAGCUUGCGAAUGGCAAUGGCGUGUCUGCUUAAGCGCACAUCCACUACACACCAAAAAAAAAACAAGGCAAGUAUCUGUAUGUGAUUUUUAGCGCAAAGACGGGGGUUCCUCAUCUACUUCUUGCUCGUAGCUUAGCUUCUGUUCUUCAUUGACUUCUCUCUGAGACUAUGAGUAGUAGAGUUCCAGACUCAUGCCAUUGUGAAUUUCAUAGUCGGCCAGUGUGAUAUGGUCCUUGAAAGUCGUGUACCACUUUUUGAGGAUGAUUCUGUCUGCUGCAGUACCAGUUUGAGCGGCAAUCAGCUUCUUCAAGUCGCCCAUCGUGUCAUCCUCAUUGCAUUUGACUCUGACCUUCUUCCCGAGUCUGUCAUUGACGAUGACUUCGAGCAUAAG